AUGGCUGCUCCAACACAUAUUAUCCGCUUCGUGGCCGAGGAAGAUUUGAAAAUAUAUCUCGGCCAGCUUGUCAAUACGACACGCGAUGUCGGUCUCGAUACUCUGGAGGGCGUCCCAGUGAAAGCAUAUCGCAUCGACGGAUCACUAUUUGAUGGACACGUUACAAAGCACGUGUUGACGGCCAAAACCUUGCUCUCGCCCGUUUCGCAGGAACAAUGCAGUUACAUUCGAUGUCUUGGACUUAAUUACAAAGAUCAUGCCAAGGAAGCAAACCUGGCUCUGCCUGAUAGGCCAAUACUUUUCACAAAGCCGCGAACUGCGCUUGCUGAUCCUUACCCAGCGGUGACAUCAAUUCCCAAAUGCGCGCAAGAUGGUUCCAGUGACUAUGAGGCCGAGCUCUGCUUCGUUAUCAAGAAGACCGGCCGCAACAUUUCCGAGGAUGAGGCAUUAGACUAUGUGCUGGGAUAUACGUGUAGCAACGACGUCUCGGCACGGACUCUGCAGUUGGCCAGUCCUCAAUGGUCAUACUCGAAAGGGCUUGACGGCAGCUGUCCUAUAGAUAAGUCUGGCUUUUAUCCGGUCAGUCUCUGGAUUAGCACUAACAAGCUGUAG